CAUCUGGUCACGCUGCCGAGAAGAAAGAAAAUAGAAAUCAAAAUAAUGAAGUGAUUUCCAUACGAAAAACGCGAAAUAGCAGAAAAACAAAUAGCAUUUGCUGGCGCUCGAGUGCCGCGGCUAACGCAAAAACGCUGUGCAAUCGCGUGAAAAACUCUCGCAAUUCGCCAGUUCGGUGGCAAAAGCAAACAAAGACAGCAGCAGCAGUGGCCGAGCAAAGGCAAGGAAGGCAAAGUCAAAAGCAAAGACAAACGCAAAAACAGCGAGGGAUUUUUGGAGGCUACUUUUUUGGGGCGACAUUAGGAGAUAAAAGACAACAGGGGCACCAUUGAGGCACCACUGGCGGAGCACAGGAACUGCGGCCCCAAGAUGAGCUGCAAGGUGCGGCUGAUGGAGGAUGGCUCGCUGGACGAGGAGCCGCUGACCCUCAAGGAGAUCGCCUACCAGAAGCUGUGCAACAACCUGGACAUAAUCAGCUGCCAUCGCCCCGAUGGCAAGCGUGGCCUUAAUCCGGGCAUCGUGCUGCCCAACGAGAUCUGUGACGGCUUUCUGGAGAACUACCAGCGCUUCAAUCGCCCCCUGGACGACAGCGUCAUCCGCCUUUUCGAGGACACACAGCGCACAUCGCUCAAAAUCGUCAAUCUGCGCAACAGCACCCUGAGCAGCAUAGGGUUGGAGACCCUGAUGCGCCACAAGCUUUUCGCUCUGUCCAUGUGGUAUUGCGACAUGAUAACCGUGGGAUCUCACCACCUGCUGGCCCACUAUGGCGACAGCCUGCGAUCCCUGGAGCUGGGCAUCAGUUCCCAUCUGCUGCAGUAUGCGGAGCCCAACGAAAAAGAUCCGGUGGACUUCCAAUUGACCUGUCCCCACCUGCGGCGCUUAGUGCUCAACGGUGUGGUGAUGCACCACCGGCUGCAGUUCGCCCACCUGCACGACUUGGGCCACCUGGAUCUGACCUCCUGCGUGCUGGCCAACUUCAGCCUGGAGGCUUUGGGUUCGCUGCCCAAUCUGCACACACUCAUCCUGUUCAAUGUGUGGCCAAUUGCCAAUCAGCUGCAUGCAAUCUGCUGUUUGAGGCGUCUCUGCACAUUGGACAUUUCCAUCUCCAGCUCUGGGAAUGGCCAUGGCACCUACGAUCUGCCCGAUCAAACGCUGGAGAUGCUGAUGGACAACCUGCGGCACCUCACACACUUGGAUAUCUCGGGCACGAAUUUGGCGGGCAACGGGGUGGCCACCAAGGAGUCGACGAGUGCCAGUUCCACGCCCAGCCCCAAAAUGGAGCAGAACUUUGCCCUCACCGACAUCCCGGGACUGGCGUCACGCACACAGCGACCGCUGCAGUUCCUCGGACUCUAUCACACGGCCCACUGGGCAUGCAAAAGACACGAUAUCCCAGCUCUGGAAGUGGCUGGAGAUGCCAACGAGCAGCAGAUCCUCACCGCAGCUCGCUAUUAUCACGACAGACCAGUGCUACUGACAAGGGUACUCAACGAUCUGUACCAUCUCUUCCGUUUCGAGAACUGCAAGGACAUACACACAGCACUGGACGUUGUGCUCUCCGCCAUGGACCGGCAUCUCAAGUUCAAGCACAUGCAAAUCUCCGGCAGUGCCACGCUGUUCUAUAUUGUAAAGGGCAGGGAUCGCUCCAAGUUUGGAACACUGCUGCGCAACCACAUCAUUCGCACGCUGCUUAAUGGCAUGGAGAUGCAUCUCACCGACGACACCAUGCUGCGAAAUGGUUACCUCACUCUUACCCAGUUUCACAUGCCAGUCGAUGUGCUCUUCGAGUACGAGCGUCUCAUCAAGAUCUUGCUGCACGGCGUUUCCAAGACAGAACAAGAGGGAUUUGUCCAGCGCAUAGCCAUCUAUCUGCUGAAUACACUGGCUUGCCAAGUGGAUGGGCGACAGAAGCUCUUCCUUGGCGAGUUGGGCGUAGUUAGUACCAUGCUGACGCUGAUCAAGGAUCGCCUGACUCGCUCCGUCUUCGACGAUGUGAUGGAAGUGGCUUGGUCCACCAUGUGGAACGUAACCGAUGAGACUGCUAUUAAUUGUAAGAGAUUCCUCGAAGGCCGCGGCAUGGAGUAUUUCCUCAAGUGUUUACAUACCUUCCCGGAUCGCGACGAGCUGCUGCGGAACAUGAUGGGCCUGCUGGGCAACGUGGCCGAGGUCAAGUGGCUGCGGCCCAAGCUGAUGACCCAGGAAUUCAUCGAGGUGUUCGCCCGCCUGCUGGACUCCCUGAGUGAUGGCAUCGAGGUCAGCUACAAUGCGGCUGGAGUGCUGGCGCACAUUGCCUCGGACGGAGCCGAUGCCUGGACGAUCAAGACGCCCAGUCGGGAGCACGUGCUGGAGCGCAUGGUGGCCGCCAUCCAGCGGUGGAACAUCAAGAGCGAGCGGAACAUCAACUAUCGCAGCUUUGAGCCGAUCCUGAGUCUGGUGCGCUGCUACGAGACGCCCCAGUGCCAACAUUGGGCUGUCUGGGCUCUGGCCAAUCUGACGCAGGUUUAUCCAGAAAAAUAUUGCCAGCUGGUGGAGCAGGAGAACGGCAUCCAGAUCCUCAACGAGCUGAUCGAGCACGAGAGUCCCUACUGUGAGAUCAAGCGAAUCGCUCGCCUGGUUAUAGAGCAGUGCGACUCCGGAUCGGAUCGCAUGGUCGAGGGCUGAUGGCCAAGCGGAUAUGUAGGAUAGCACCUUACUUUUAGGAUUCGAGUUUGUUGUAAUGUUUUUUUCUGCUUCCUCUGUUCCCCGUUUUAAGGCAAGUGUGCAAGUGUUAUACUGUUCAAGAGAUUCUCCCUUGACUUUUAUGUUUACAGCGAGAGCAACAGAUAGAUGCAAGUUUAAGCUACGCGAGAAUUAUGCAACUUAAAACCUAAUGAAGCAAAAGCAAGCAAAAAUAUUCGAUAAUUACAUAAUUACUAGAUUAUAUAUGUAUAUGAUGUACCACAUGUUGUAAGCCAGCGAUCUUUUUAGGCCGUCAGAAGUGUAAAUAUUGUUAAAACCGGAAAGAGGAGGAUAAUAACUGAUAGAAAAAGCAAGACAGCUGGAGAUUAAAUAAAUCCUUAAGAAUUGAAUUCCCCUGGAUCGAUAGUUAUUUUCUCUAGCUAUAUAGAUAAACGUAUUGAAUUUAACAGUGCGAUCUGUUCCUAGAUUUGUGUUCAUUAUUCGAUGCCCACUCCCCAUUUUUUGUGCUUUCGCAUCAACCACCUUAAUCGCUCCAAGUUCUGGAGGAUCGUUCUGCAUAAUCUAGCUAUAUAAUCUAGACCCAUAGAGACUAGACCGUAAGCACUGUAAAUAAUUGCAAGUAACAGUUCUGCGCUUGGCAUUAAUAAUAUUUAUAACAUUGUA